CUCCGUCUGUAGAAGUGUGUGCAUAACAUAACACAACAUUGACAUGCGAUCUCAACUGUAACGUAACAGAGCUUGAGCCACCUCGCCACACAGACCAACGCAACAAUGGCAUCGGCCUUCGUCAAGCUCGACGAUUCCCCUAUGUUCCAGAAACAGUUAUUUUCUCUUGAAGAAACAACUGAUGAGUUACGGGAUCGAUGCCAGAAGCUAUAUAGUGGGUGUAAGAAGUUUAUGACAGCUUUGGGGGAAGCAUAUAAUGGAGAAAUAACCUUUGCUGAUUCAUUAGAAGCAUUUGGUGGUGGCCAAGAUGACCCUGUUAGUGUAUCAAUAGGAGGUCCUGUCAUAACUAAGUUUAUUACCACAUUGCGUGAGCUAGCUUCUUUCAAAGAGCUUCUUCGUUCACAGGUAGAGCAUGUGUUGAUUGACCGGCUGGCGGAGUUUAUGAACAUUGAUUUGCAAGAUACAAAGGAUUCUCGUCGUCGUUAUGACAAAGCUGUCCAAUCUUAUGAUCAGUCACGAGAGAAGUUUGUCUCUUUGAAGAAGAAUACACCACAAGAUAUUGUAUCUGAAUUAGAAGAGGAUCUACAAAAUUCCAAAUCAACAUUUGAAAAAAGUCGCUUCAAUCUAGUAAACUCACUCAUGAAUGUUGAAGCGAAAAAGAAGUAUGAGUUCUUGGAGUCGAUUAGUGCAAUAAUGGAUGCUCAUUUGAGAUACUUUAAGCUGGGUUAUGACUUACUAAGCCAAAUGGAGCCCUAUAUUCACCAGGUGUUAACAUAUGCACAACAAUCUAAAGAACUUGCUAAUGUUGAGCAAGAUAAGCUUGCAAAACGUAUUCAGGAAUACAGAACACAGGCAGAGUUAGAGAAUAUACGAGCUUCUAGCAAUUUUACUGAAACUAUGUCAGGUUCUGAAGGCAUCCAUGUUGUAGGCUUGAAUUCGUACAGGAGUUUAGAUUCAGGGAUGCUGUCUGCAACCAAAGGGGAGCUUCAAACAGUUAAACAAGGUUAUCUGUUAAAACGGUCAUCGGGCUCGCGUGGAGAUUGGAAACGGAGGUUCUUUGUACUUGAUAACCAAAGGAGUUUAUAUUAUUACAGAGUCAAGGGUGUCAAACCCACGGGCUCUCAGUCAUAUAAUUAUGUUCGUUCUUAUGAACAAACUAGUGGAAUGUUUGGUAGAUUCCGUUUAAAACACAACAGGGCUGCAUCAAUGAAUGAUGAUAUUUUAGGUUGUUACACUAUUGAUCUAUGCACAUCUACUAUAAAGAUGGAUGCAGAAGAUACAGAUCUACGACUUUGCUUCCGAAUAAUUUCUCCCUCAAAAACGCUCACACUUCAGGCCGAAAAUGAAGCUGAUAGGAUGGACUGGGUUAACAAAAUUACUGGAGCUAUAACAUUACUUUUUAAUUCACAGUUUCUUCAAGAGCCUCAAUAUGGUGGAGCGAAUUCUGAGAGUAAAAACUUAGCAACUGGUGCUUCUUUGUCAUGUCAUUCGGAGGAUGGUCAGGAAUCAUUGAGUAAUGACUUAUAUUCCACGGAAGUGGGUAGUGUCUCUAAGAUUUUAAGGGGAAUUCCAGGGAAUGAUAAAUGUGCUGAGUGUAGUGCUCCUGAACCAGAAUGGGCAUCUCUAAACCUUGGCAUAUUGUUAUGUAUUGAAUGCUCUGGAGUGCAUCGAAAUCUUGGUGUUCAUAUCUCAAAGGUGAGAUCUAUAACAUUAGAUGUUAGGGUUUGGGAAAAUACCAUUUUGGAGUUAUUUGAUAACUUAGGUAAUGCCUACUGUAAUUCUAUAUGGGAGGGCUUGCUUCUGCCGGAUCAUGAAAGGGUAGGUGAAUUAAGUGUGCCUAUUAAACCUUCUUCAACAGAUGCCUUCCAAAUGAAAGAGAAAUACAUCCAAGCAAAGUACGUAGAGAAAUCACUAAUAAUCCGAGAAGAGGAUAUACCCAACAAUCCUUCAGUUUCCGAACGAAUUUGGCAAGCAGUUCAAGCUGUAAAUGUAAGAGAAGUGUAUCGGCUUGUUGUUACAUCAGAAUCAAAUAUGAUAAACACAAAAUAUGGUGAUGAGGUUCCCCAUGCUGCUGAGGCGGAAGGGCAGCAGCAUGAUCCCGAAGCCUGUCUGAAGGUUGAAGAGACUAUUGAGACUGAGAAGUGUUUCCGUGGAUGGUCAUUAUUACAUUUGGCAUGUCAUACUGACAGUACACUGAUGGUCGAGUUGUUGCUCCAAUUUGGUGCUGAUGUAAAUAUGUGUGACUAUCAUGGAAGAACUCCCUUGCACCAUUGCAUUACAAGUGGGAAAAAUAAAUUGGCAAAGUUUCUAUUAAGAAGGGGUGCAAGGCCGUCAAUUAAAGAUGCUGGAGGGCUCACUAUACUUGAAAGAGCAAUGGAGAUGGGAGCAAUAACUGACGAAGAGCUAUUUAUCAUGCUUGCUGAAUGCUAGAGAAGAUGGAUCUGGUAUAUAUUUAUAUAUAUAUAUAUAUAUAUAUAUAUAUAUAUAUAUAUAUAUAUAAUGAGUGUUGAAGAUAUGCUGUUGUUCAUUAAGUAAAGAAAAUUUGAUUACAUAUUUUAGAAUGCUUGAUUCAUCGAAAGGAAUCUCAGAUUUUUUUAA